CGGAGGGCGGCUGGGCAUUCAGCCGAGAAGAGUCGCAAAGACACAACCGGACGCAGCGCGAGGUCCACGCACAGCGGCAGCUAUGAGACGAGAGAAGUUCACGCGCUGAGCCAGGCGGGUUGACAGCCUUCGUUGGACACUUCCGGACCGAUAUAAACGAACCGGCGCACGCGGAGGAGAACCGGGACGUCUUCUGCUGCUGUCGGAGAAGUGACUGGCGGACGCUUUUUUUUGGGGGGGGGGGAUACGCGGCUGCGGCAGGAGGAGCGGAGAGAGAGGGUGUGCUUCGGCGGCUGUCCCGCUGCUAGCGAAACAUGAACAAAAACCACCGAGUGCCGAGCAGCCGUUCUUUGAGUGCCGUGGAGGUGAAGAGCAAGUUUGGUGCAGAGUUUCGUCGGUUCUCUCUGGAUCGGUCGAAGCCGGGGCGCUUUGAUGAGUUCUACGGCCUUCUGCAGCACGUGCACCGCAUCCCCAACGUGGAGCUGUUGGUGGGCUACGCCGACGUGCACGGCGACCUGCUGCCCAUCAACAACGAUGACAACUACCACAAGGCCAUCUCCACGGCCAACCCUCUGCUCAGGCUGUUUCUGCAGAGGAAAGAAGAAGCUGAAAACACGUUUGCUACAGACCCGCUGACCAGGAAGAAGAACACGGUCCUUUCUGCGGUUCUUCUGAGGCCGGACGCCACCAGGAAGAAGCACCCGGUGAUCAUCAGCCUCCCGAAAGACUUCCGCCCGGUGUCGUCCAUCAUCGACGUGGACAUCCUUCCGGAGACGCACAGACGCGUGCGCCUGUACAAGCACGGCCAGGAGAAGCCGCUGGGUUUCUACAUCCGCGACGGCUCCAGCGUGCGGGUCACUCCGCAGGGUCUGGAGAAGGUCCCGGCCAUAUUCAUCUCCCGCCUGGUUCCUGGCGGGCUGGCGGAGAGCACCGGCCUGCUGGCGGUAAACGAUGAGGUCCUGGAGGUGAACGGCAUCGAGGUGGCCGGCAAAUCUCUGGAUCAGGUGACGGACAUGAUGAUCGCGAACAGCCACAACCUCAUCAUUACAGUGAAGCCCGCCAACCAGAGGAACAAUGUCGUUCGGAGCGGAGGGGGCGGGGCUGCAUCUGGUAGUUCAGGGCGGUCGUCGGACAGCGGCGCCAGCUGCUACGGCUACUCCACGCACGGCGCCACGGCCUCCAUGCCUUCACACAUCAUCCAGAACUUCUCCGCUGGGGAGCUGGAAAGCGACGAAGACGAAGAAGACCUGGUGAUCGAGGCUGGCGGCGAGGCCGAGCCCAUCAGACGCACCUCCUCCACAUACAGCAUGCCCUCUAUGCCUCGCUACGAACCACACCUCAACCUCCGCACCGCCUUCACUUCCGCCUCCGCCUUCUCCAUCCACACCAACGGGACUCUGCCCGCCAGCAACAGCAGCGGAUCGCUGAAUCACGCCGACGCCAAUUCAGCCACGCCGUCGCCAGACAGGGUCAGGCGGAGCCUGGAGGAGGAGGGCACCGUAAUAACGCUGUAGCCUCAGCACUGACUGAACUGUCCUGGGAAGGAAACACUCAGGGGGGGGGGGGUAAGGCAUCACAGACCAGAAAAUAAAACCCCCCUUUGCCCCCGUCAGGCAGCGACUGUUCCAGAGAAACACUAGCGUCACACCGACACCUCCAUGCAGAAACGUGAAGGAAAACACUACACUUCUCUACAUGCCAAUGAUCAUGCAUGUGUGCCAAAGAGGUGACACCCCCUCCGCACCCCCAGCUCCAUAGAAAUGUGAAAGAAGAAACACAAAAGUCUAGUUUAGCCCCCAGAAGCAGUUAUUUUCUCAGUAGUUUUGUUUUUGUUAGCCAGCUCCUUUUUUCUCUGGUAACCCCCCACCCCACCCCCCACCUGUAGCUUUACAGCAUAAAUAGUUCUAUUCAAAUCUACUUAAGUCGGUGACAUGUCAGUCAACCAAAUCUUCAGUUCUACUGCUUUUAGGAAACGCUCGCUCUGCGACGCUUUUAGACGAAUCUUUGUACCUCUCUGUAAAACGGACGGACCCACUAAGAUGGCUUUUUUUAAUGACAAAGCUUUAGUUCAGCCGGUACUGAGAUUGCAUUUUUAAAAUUCAGAAACUGACAAAUGUCUGCAAAUGUGACUCCUGCACAUUUUCUACAAAACCUGUCGCGAUGUUUAGCAUUUCUGCCCUCAUUUCUUUCUGGACCACGUUUUAAUGUGUUUCUUAAUUUAAUUUUAUGCUGCAUUUAAAGUCCCACUCCGAUCAUCUUGUCAUCUAUGUUCAAAGCGAUCCCAUUGGUCCUUUAAGUAUAAUUAUGCAGUUUUUAGUCAAAAUUGGUUAAGAAAUUGUGUCGUUUUGUAGGACAUAGUUUCUGCAGAGCGGCAGGAGUUCAUUAGAAAUUCAGCCCAGAGUUGUGGGUAGGAUUUUUGGUGCAGAGCAACACCGCCCCCCUUUCCAUCCCCAUUGCUAAGCAGAGCAGGGAGCUCGUGGCUUGGAAAUGCAAUGUUAAGCUUAAUUUUCUUUAUAUAUUUGUCCUCCAUACUUAGAAAAAUGGCACAAGAAUGUGUCAAAAACACGAUUUGCAUGGGACUUGAAUGUUUUCAAUACCUGUUUGCCUAUGGAAAGUUUUAUUCUCCAACAUGCUUCUGUUAGAGCUCUAUUCUGAGCGAAUGACUUGCAUUAAAACACCCACAUUAAUAUUUAUUUUAGUUGGUCAUUUGACGCAGUGAGUCCCUGAAAACACACCCUGAGAAGCAAACACACAUCCAGCCACACAAAAUAAUAACAUUUCCAUGUUUGUUAAAGGUGAGGCGGAGCCGUUUGCUCUCACCUGUGCUUUGCUGUCAUUGGCUGUUCAUUAAGUUCUUAAUCAUGAAGCAGAUUCAUUUAUCAGAAGACCUUUUGCACAUUGCUGCCAACUGCUUUGCAGGUGUCUUUGUUUUGUUUGUACCUGUUUAUUUUUAGCACACCUUUGCUCUGAAGUGCUAAGUUCCAUUGAAAGACAUUCAGAGUUGUGUAAACACGCUAACGGUAGGAAUGUCUGCGUUUGUAGGGAAACAAUAAUCAUCUAUAGAUGAAUCCAUAUUAUCCGUACGACACUCUCUUUAGCCACAAGCUCAGUGCUGAAGCGAACUGUCCUGUUUGGAUUUGGGAGCAAAAGCUGGUGGGUCUUCUUUCAUUGCCAGCGUUCAUCUAAAUCUUUUACUAAUCACUGUAAUUUAUUUACUGCAUAUCUAACUUCAUCACGUGGCACUGGAAUUGUAACCACAGCAACAGUUUUAUUUAUUCCACUAUUUUUUGUCUGCUUUAUUAUUAUUUUUUUUACAACAAAAUCUUUUUCUGUGUAUUCAUGAUUUUUCCCAAGGUACGAUAGAUUCCUUUAACCAUUUACGCUCAUUUAACUGGGUGAUUUCAAGGCUUUUGUAAGGUAUCAGAUCUGUUGCUAUUUUUUGAUACUGUGAAUUCUAUUGGGGGGGGGGGGGGGGGAUUAGCAACCUCAACAUAGACAAAUGUUUUAGACUGAUUUUUGUUUUAAUAAUGGAGCAAUGACUUUUGCUUGCCUGUUGAAUCCUAUGAUAUAGAUUUGUAAUGAAUGUCAGUAUUUUCAUAUCAAUGCUGCAUAUGUUUUUAUCACUAUAAAUAAGAUGUACACACACAAACCAACAGGUGUAACUGCUGAUGGUGGAGCUGGAAAAAUAAACUAAUAUGUAGCAAUA